AUGAACCCCAGGAAAGUCGACGUUGGCAGUGUUAACCCUCCCGUGCCCGCCUGCCGGCACGGCCCCAGGCUGGCCGUCCCAUGGGCAGCAGCACUGGCACCACCGGCAGCCCGUGCACCCGAGUCCCGAGUCCCCAUCGACACGGUGGGCCCCACGACACGCGUGCCCCGCGGCACCAGCAGGAAGCCGCUUGCUUGGGCGAUCCUGGCAGCGCUGUGGCUGGCAGCGAGUGAAUCACAGCCCCCGGGGUGCCGGGACCGUGCCAUGCCGCGGGGGCAGUGGGUCCUGGCGCGGCUGCCCGCCCGCCCGAGGAGGCAUGCCACCAGACCCCCCUGCCCCGCUGGCAUGAACUGGAUCGAGCAGGCUCACCGGUGCUGUGCCCAGUGUCCCGCAGGGACGUUCCUGCACACCCCCUGCUCGAGCCACGGCAACGACAGCGUCUGCGCCGCCUGUCCCGCCGGCACCUUCCGCGCCCAGCCCAACACCUUCCGCGAGUGCCAGGCUUGCUACGAGUGCGACCGCCAAACUUUCCAGAGCGUGCUGAGCAACUGCUCGGCCACCAGCAACGUCGCCUGCGGCUGCGAGCCGGGCCGCUUCCGCAACUGCCUCGACGAGCACUGCAGCGACUUCUCCUGCCGGCAGUGCCAGCCCUGCACUGGGCGGCUCAUCCAGCGGCCCUGCUCGGAGGCGCAGGACACGCUCUGCGGCAGCUGCAAGCCUGACUUCUACGCCGAGGGCGGCGAGUGCCGGCCAUGCAGCACGAGCGCCCCGGAGAUGUGUGGCAAGGAGUGCCAGCAGGCGUGCGGCGGCAGCGGCGGCCAAGGCUCGGGGCUAGUGUACAUCCUGCUGGCGCUCACAGGGCCCUUCUUCCUGGGCGCCCUCGCCAUCUACCACAAGAGGAAGCGGCGCCGGCACGACGCCCCGGCAGGCGGCCCCCUCCCCGUGGCGCAGGCAGCCACCCCCACGGCUGGGGCUGCGGCCACGCCGUGGUAUCAGGUCAGUGCCUGUGGGUGGGACAGACGGUGCUGGACCCAGCCGUGCUCCCCCCAGCUGACAGAGCAUGCCGCCGGCACGGCGAAGCAGAGCCCCGAGUACGGGGCCUUACUGCGGGAGCAGCCCAGCGGUGCGGCACGGCCGGGCGGCGAGGUGGAGCCCUCUGCUCCCCCGGAGCCCCGCGGCGCCCUGCUGCAGGGCAGCCAGCUCUACGCCGUCAUCGACGCGGUGCCGGUGCGGCGCUGGAAGGAGUUCAUGCGGGUGCUGGAGCUGCGGGAGGCGGAGAUCGAGCUGGUGGAGCUGGAGGUGGCCCACAUCCGCGACCAGCAGUACGAGAUGCUGAAGCGCUGGUGCCAGCAGACCAGCGCCACGCUCGACCGCGUCUUCGCCGCCCUGGAGCGCAUGGAGCUGGCCGGCUGCGCCGAGGCACUGCGCCGGAGCCUGCCGGCGGGCCCCUGA